UAAGUUUGAACACUGGGUUGAAGGAGGUGGCAUGUGGAGUGGUGAUUUUCAUUUUCGGAGUUUGAUUUUGUCCUUUUUGAGUGUCUCUCAAUUGGAGUUGUUGAAAGAGGGUGUGUUUGGACAGUUUAUGGAUUUGGUUGAUGUCCGCCUGAGUGAUAGUAUUUUCCAUUGCUUGAUCUUAUCGCAACUUUCAUCUAGUAAUGAUAGUGCGUUAAAGUUUAAGAUUUUUGAUCGCGCGUGUGUAUUUGAUUCCGAGUCUUUCCGUCUUAUUACUGGGUUGGAUUCUUGUGUUGGCGAUUUUAGUGUUGUGUCUAGCAGACCAAAUAGAUUGUUGAGACUUUAUUUUCCAAAUCAGGAUAGAAUAAGGUUGUGUGAUCUCAAGAGUUUUUUACAGAUCAAGUCAAGUAAUCGUACUGGUGGUUUUUAGGAAAGAUCUAGUGAUCCUGUUAGACUUGCUGAGGUCUAUAUAUUGGAGAGGGUUUUGUUGGGUCGUAACGAGAAAUGUGUUGUUAAAGGUCAUCUAAUGAAGAUAAUUGACGAUGACAGUCUUCGGGUGUCUUAUCCUUGGGGUUCUCUUAGUUUUAAUUAGUUGGUACGGUCGAUUCGUGGUUGUGUGAAGACUUUCAAGAGCAUGCCAUCUACACGUUAUAUGAUUAGUGGUUUCCCUUACGCUUUAAAUGUGUGGCUGUUGGAGGUUUUCCCUAUCUUUCGAGGGUUUUCAAGUUUUCAUGGUCUGAAGUCUCCUCGUAUGUUGUCUUGGGGUCCUUCAAAGCAAGUUAAUUAUAAAGUUAUUACUGAUAAUUUCUUCCAUGCUGAAAAAGUAUGUGUUCCCCUUUUGUUGAUGCUUCUUUUUCAUGGUUCUUUUUCCCUCUUGUUAUUUUUUGUGUUUUUGUCUAAAUUGAUGUGUUUGUAUUGUGUUAUUGAGAUUCAAGAAAUUUAUUGUCCAUGCUGUUGUUGUUGGUACGGAACAAGAGAUGCUGGAUUAUCCAGUUGCACUUAAAUUUCCUGAUGAUUCAGGCCCUUGUUCUUCCCGUGCGAUUUUGCCAUCUGAAGUUACUUCUCAGAUAGUUGAUGGUGUUUUGUCUAGUGUGAAGAAGCAACUUGAUGAUGAACGAUCUACAAUUGUCAAUCAAGUAAAGUCUUUGGAUAGCCGUUUCGAAGAGUUGGAUAAAAAUUUUGUUGGCGCGAUUAAUGCUGUGGAUAGCUUAGUUCGUGUACAUGAUGAAACAAAGUCAGGUGUAGCAGCUUCUGAAAGUGCUAAAAGAACUUGUUUAGAAAGUAGACUUGACAGUUUGGAAAGUAAAUUUGAUUAUGUGAUGCAUUGUGUUGAAAGUUUAGUUUGACUGCAUAGCGAAAACAAAUCUUGUAAAGCUUGUGCAUCUGGUAAAAGACAACCUGAUUUGGGUUAUUCAGUGAAUGAUGAGGUGAAGUUAGAUGCACAUCUUGGAAAAGAGGAGAAUAUGCUUUGUAAAGCAAGGUCUAAAAAAAUGAGACGUCUCCCAUGCUCGAUAUGCUCUGUGAUGCUGCUGUUUCUUCAUCAAGUCAACCGUCUAAUAAAACUCAAACUCUUUCUCAGUUUGAAAAGGAAUUUGUGAAAGAAAAUGAAGACCGCGUUAAAGAAAUUGCUGCAAGUAAUAAUGCUUUUCAA